AUGGCAGCCACAGUUUCCUCAGCUGGACCUGCUGUGGGCGGAGCCUUAGACGACUGUAACCUGAUUGGUUGUGUUGUGUUCAGGUCAAAGGUCGACAUCCUGGUGAGCGUCCUGGUGGGGGGGGGUCUGCAGAUGGAGCGCUUCCACUGGGUUCGUCACCGCUGCAGGCGGAUGCUGACGGCGGGCGGCGGUAGAGGGCGCUACGCCGCCGCCGAUACUCCACCUGAGAAAAGCUCGCCACGAAGACACGGAGUGAAGAGGAGGAGAGUGUGGGCCCGCUACGGACCCCAGACCCAAGAGUACGAGUCCACCUGCAGAAGAUACAAAGGAAACACCAUCCGCACCACCAAGUACAGCCUGCUGACGUUCAUCCCCAUGAACCUGUUCCAGCAGUUCCACAGGGCUGCUAACCUCUACUUCCUGUUCCUGGCCUUACUCAACUGGGUUCCUGUGGUGGAGGCCUUUCAGAAGGAGAUCACCAUGAUCCCUCUGCUGGUGGUUCUGACCGUUAUCGCCAUCAAAGACGCCUUAGAAGACUACAGACGCUACCUGUUCGACAAGAAGGUCAACAACAACACAGCACAAGUCUACUGCGGGACACAGAGGACAUAUGUGGAGCGCUGUUGGAAGGACGUGUGUGUUGGAGACUUUGUCCGUCUGUCCUGUAAUGAGAUCAUUCCUGCAGACAUGCUGCUGCUCUACUCCUCAGACCCUCGGAGGGUCUGUUACAUAGAAACUGCCAACCUGGACGGAGAAACCAACCUGAAGCAGAAACAGGUGGUGUCCAACCUGCCACUGCAGGACGCUGACUUCACUCCUGAAAACUUCCACAGUCACAUCGAGUGUGAAAACCCCAACAACGACCUCUGCAGGUUCAGAGGGUACAUGGAACAUCCCGGUGGUCUUCGGGUCGGUCUCCACAACGGGAACCUCCUCCUGAGGAGCUGCACCAUCCGGAACACUGAGACUGUGGUGGGCAUCGUGGUCUACGCCGGUCAUGAAACUAAAGCCAUGAUGAACAACAGCGGUCCCAGAUACAAACGCAGUCGACUGGAGCGUCGACUGAACACAGAUGUGCUGUGGUGUGUUCUGCUGCUGGUACUAAUGUGUCUGACUGCAGCUGUAGGACAUGGUCUGUGGCUGAAACACCACCCUAACCCCAUGUUCCAGGUGGAUGCAGACACGUCUCCGGCUCUGGCUGGAUUCUACGUCUUCUGGACCAUGAUCAUCGUCCUUCAGGUCCUCAUUCCCAUCUCUCUCUACGUGUCCAUUGAGAUCGUCAAACUGGGUCAGAUCUACUUCAUCCACCAGGACCUGGACCUGUUCCACCAGCAGACCGACUCCAGGAUCCAGUGUCGGGCCCUGAACAUUACAGAGGACCUGGGGCAGGUCCAGUACCUGUUCUCUGAUAAGACUGGAACCCUGACCGAGAACCAGAUGGUGUUCCGCCGCUGCAGCAUCUACGGAGUGGAAUAUCCACAUGAGGACAACGCUCGUCGGCUGCAGAUGUACCAGCAGAAGGACGACGCUGCAGGUCGCUCCGUCACUCUUCGGUCCGGCUGCAGCAGAAAGUCUCUGAGCUGUCGUUCUCUGAGCUGUAACCGCAGUUCAGUGUCUCUGAACACGUUAACGGCCGAGUCCGAGGACGAGGACGAUCCACUGUCCACGCACAGUGUCCACCAGUGGACGUCCACCUGCAGCAGCAUGGCUAAGGACGUGGUUCCAGACCCAGAGCUGGUCCGUAAACUGGGCUGGCUCUGUUCUCCUGUCCUGUCUCUGGCUGAUGCUUCCUCUGGGGCUCCGUCCACUCUGGAACUCACCUACAUCACAGACUUCUUCCUGGCUCUGACCAUCUGUAACAGUGUGGUGGUGUCAUCACCCAGCCAACCAAGACAUGUGUUGCCUGAAGCCAGGACGCCUCUCAAGUCUCUGGAGGAGAUCAAGCAGAUGUUCCAGCGCUUCAGCUUCUCCCCGCUGUCGGCCCUGUCCACGCUGACCCCCCCUCAGAUCAAAGGCAGCCCCCACAGCUUCACCAGCCGCCUCUUUGCACGAGGCAAGACCGGAUCCUUCACCUUCUCCCUACCCCCCAACAGCAGCGGUAACACCGGUGCUUCAGAACCGGCUUCAGAUCCGGGCCAUGAGGGGGGCCCGGAGGCCACACCGAACCAAGUGGAGGCUGAGAACCUGGAGGACGCAGACACAAAGGGGGGGGCCGGGGGUGCAAACGCAGACCGGACCGGGCCGGGUGCGGAGGACUCGGCCGCAGACGGCGAAGGCGACUCCGACGACACUCUGCUGUACGAGGCCGAGAGUCCGGACGAGGCGGCGCUGGUCCACGCCGCCCGGGCCUACCAGUGCACCCUGCGGGGGCGCUCUGCGGAGAGCCUCCUGGUGGAUCUGCCGGGGAUCGGAUCUCUGACCGUCCAGCUGCUCCACGUCCUGCCCUUCGACUCCAACAGGAAGAGGAUGUCUGUGGUGGUCCGCCACCCUCUGACCGGACAGGUGGUGGUCUACACCAAAGGAGCCGACUCCGUCAUCAUGGACCUGACCGCAGCAUCCAAAGGUGCUGAGCAGGCUCAGGACCUGUACCAUCACAUCAGAGAACAGACCCAGAAACAUUUAGACGGAUACGCCACAGAAGGUCUGCGCACUCUGUGCAUCGCUAAAAAGGUUUUGGAGGAGGAGGAGUAUGAAGUUUGGCUGAAGAAGCAGCUGCUGGCGGAGAGCAGCAUCGACAACAGAGAGGAGAUGAUGUUAGAGUCAGCACAAAGACUGGAGACACAACUGACACUGCUGGGUUCCACAGGGAUCGUGGACCGGCUGCAGGAGGACGUACCAGAGACCAUCGAGGCUCUGCAGAGGGCCGGCAUUAAAGUAUGGGUCCUCACAGGAGACAAACAGGAGACCGCCAUCAACAUCGCCAACGCCUGUAAACUGCUGAGUCCCAGUGACCGCCUCCUCAGAGCCAACUGUGGAUCUAAGGAUGCAUGUGCAGUCUUACUACAGGAGCUCAAACAGGAAGUGCAGUGUGCUGAGGACCGUUUGAUUGACAGUCCAAUGGCGGUGCCUGAGGACCGGUCCCUGACCUCCAGAACCAGAACCAGUACCAGCUUCAUCCUGGUGGUGGAUGGCCGGACUCUGGACUGGGCCCUGCAGGAGGAUCUGCAGAGCCUGUUCCUGGAGCUGACGACCUGUUGUAAGGCCGUCAUCUGCUGCAGGUCCACCCCCUUACAGAAGAGCCAGGUGGUCCGGCUGGUCCAGGACCGGCUCCAGGUCCUGACCGUAGCUGUAGGUGAUGGAGCCAAUGAUGUGAGUAUGAUCCAGGUGGCUGACGUGGGCAUUGGGAUCUCCGGUCAGGAAGGCAUGCAGGCCGUCAUGUCCAGCGACUUUGCGAUCUCCAGGUUCAAACACCUCCGUAAGCUGCUGCUGGUCCACGGCCACUGGUGCUACUCUCGUCUGGCAAAUAUGAUCCUCUACUUCAUCUAUAAGAAUGUGAUGUACGUGAACCUGCUGUUCUGGUACCAGUUCUUCUGUGGGUUCUCUGGGAGCGUCAUGACCAACUCAUGGGUGCUGAUCCUCUUCAACCUCAUCUUCACCUCCAUUCCUCCUCUUAUCUAUGGAGUACUGGACCAGGACACUCCUGCAGGAACCCUGAUGGAGGUUCCGGAGCUCUACCAGACCAGACAGACCUCCAAGGUCUACGUUCCCUUCAUGUUCUGGAUCACAGUCCUGGAUGCCUUCUACCAAAGUCUGGUCUGCUUCUUUGUGCCUUAUUUUGCCUAUGCUGGAUCCGACGUUGGGGACCUGUCCUUGGGGUCCCCGAUCAACACCUCCGCCCUCCUCAUCAUUCUGCUUCACCAAGUCAUUGAGAGUCACACCCUGACGUGGCUCCAUGUGCUGGUGCUGGUGCUCAGUGGGGGGUCGUACUUCGCCUUCGUGCUCCUGCUCAGUCUGGUGUGUGUGACCUGCAGCCCCCCCACCAACCUGCUGGGGGUGGAGACCCUGCAGAUGUCUGAGCCCCUGUUCUACAUCAUCUGUGUUCUGACCACGGUGACCGCACUAGUACCCAGGUUGUUGUUCCGUGUCCUUCACAACACCCGCCAUCUGUCUGCUGUUCUGGAAGAUGCUCAGACGGACCGGAACCAGGACCAGGACCAAGACCAGGACAGAUACUGCAGCAGAAUGCGCCGCUGGAACUCGAGCCAGUCCAGAACCAAAAGGGUCCCAGUGUCUGUCAACAACUCCAACAUGGACCACAGACCGGGAUCUGAGGUAUCCUGAACCCAGAGGACACUGGACCCUGAUGGGUUUGACCCUGACCAGGAGGACAUGGUGGACAUGGUGAACGGGAGGACAUGGUGGACAGGAGGACAUGGUGGACAGGGUGCCUUUGUCCUUGGUGUCUACUGAGUCCUGUUUGUAUAUUUGGUUUAUGAGCUGCUGUAGAAUCCUCCAGGUUCUGGACGUAGACCUGGAGCUGCUGAACCCACUGUGGUGGUGGAUCCUCAGGUAGACCUGGACCAUGUGAACCCCCUGUGGUGGUGAAUCAUCAGGUAGACCUGGACCUUGUGAACCCCCUGUGGUGGUGGAUCCUCAGUGACCCCAGAAGUCCACCUUAGGUCCACUCAUUCAUCAUCUGUUCUGUAGACGAUGGCAUCAGGAAGUGCUGAGGACGUGAACGGAGUCUGAAGAACACCACAGGUCCAGUCAGUCCGACCCACAGCACCAGGGUCCAGCUGGGUCCAACCGGGUCCAACUGGGCCAACUGGGUCCAACCGGGUCCAACUGGGUCCACAAACACUAGGACUUCAGACCACAUGUUAAUAAUGGGGCUGAAUACAGCAGUACACAGUAGAACUACUACAGUAGUAGUAGUACUACUGUGUACCGCUGUAGUACUACUACUGUAGUAGUUCUGCAGUACUGCAGUAGUAGUCCACAGUGUGAUUCCAUUCUUAUGGCUGGUCUCUCUCUCUCUCUCUCUCUCUCUCUCUGUCUCUCUCUCUCUCUCUCUGUCUCUCUCUCUCUCUCUCUCUGUCUCUCUCUCUCUUCUGUCUCUCUGUCUCUCUCUCUCUCUCUCUGUCUCUCUGUCUCUCUCUCUCUGUCUCUCUCUCUCUCUGUCUCUCUCUCUCUCUCUCUGUCUCUCUCUCUCUUUCUGUGUCUCUCUCUCUCUCUCUGUUCUGUGGUUCAUCUCCUCAGUUUUUUCAGCACUUCUUCCUUUUCUUUCAUGUUCAUGUACAUUUAUCAUAAACUGAUCUUUGAGUGUUAAAGUAUCAAAUCUGUGACGGAGCUGUAGAAGAACAAACACUGGAAAGGCCUUGUGCUCAUGCAGGGGCUUCUGGGUACUUUGACCUUUACCCUAACCCUGGGUUAGAUGUCUGACCUUUGACCUUUGACGCUCUGAGCUGUGGCUGCUCAGGCUGAAGGUUUCAGAUGUUCCACUGAUCUGUACCUGUUUACCUGUCUACCUGUUCAUCCAGAACCGGUGCAGAACAUUAAAACCAAACUGACUUCA